CGAAACAAGACCUUCAGGGUCACGGAUUAAGAAAAUAACCAGAAUAUUUAAUACAGGGAGUAAGAUUUACAAUUCAUCUAUAAAAAUUCCAUUAGAUUAUAAUACACGCUUCAUUAAAGUUGCACCGAAUACCAACGAACCGGCCGGUCCGGGGACUCCUUUCGACCGCCGAACUCCGCCGCCUCUCCCUCUCCGGCGGAACGACCAUUGAUGAUUGACCUGCGCUCCGACACGGCGGUCGCUCACCGGUCAGUCGCCACCGCGCCGACCCAUUUCCGGCUCUGAAGCUUUUCACGACGAGCGAGCGAACGCGAGCUCGCGCUCCCAAGUUCACAUGGCGAUGCUCGGUCGGAGCGCGAAGCGGGUGUCUCCCUUCAGGCUCGCUUCCCUGCUGCGCGGCGAAAAGGACCCUUCCCUCGCUCUCCGGCUCUUCGAAUCCGUCGACCCGAGCCCCGACGCCAAGCCCUUUCGCUACUCGCUCCUCUCCUACGACCUCAUCGUCACCAAGCUCGGAGCCGCCAAGAUGUUCGACGAAAUGGAGCAGGUCCUCGCCCGGCUCAGCCGAGAGACCCGGUUCUCCGUCCCCGAGCCCAUCUUCUGCCGGGUCAUCUCCUUCUAUGCGCGCGCGAGGCUCUUCGACCGCGCGUUGCGGACUUACCGCUCGAUCCCCAGUUUCCGGUGCCGCAUGAGCGUGAGGUCUUUGAAUUCCGUGCUGCACGCGCUCCUGAAGUGCGGGGAAUAUGACAGGAUGGAUGAGGUUUUGGGCGAGUUUAGGAAUCACGCGAGCCCAGAUGCGUGCACCUGUAAUAUCUUGAUCAAAGCUCUCUGCGGGAGUGGGAGGUUGGAGGAUGCGCGGGAGGUGCUUGACGAAAUGCCCCUGAGGGGGAUCCGGCCUGAUGGGGUGACUUUCCUGACGUUGAUCAACGGGUUGUGUUCGAAUUCUAUGUUAGAGGAGGCUUUUAAGUUGAAAGAUGAUAUGGUUAGAGUUCAUGGGAUCCGGCCUGAUGCGCGUCUGUAUGCAUCAUUGAUGAAGGGGUCUUGCAAGGUUGGUGAUGUGAACAUGGCAUUUGAGCUUAAAGAGGAGAUGCUGAGAGAGAGAAUCGAGUUGGAUGCUGCGAUAUAUUCGACCUUGAUUCAUGCUCUUUUCGAGGUUGGGAGGACGGCUGAAGUUUCUGGACUUUUGGAGGAGAUGCGAGAAAAUGGGUGUAAGCCGGACACCGUGACUUAUAACGUGCUAAUCAGUGGGUCCUGUAAGAAGAAGGACUUCGAUGAAGCUUACGGACUUCUGGAUGCGAUGACGGAGAAUGGGUGCAAACCUGAUGUGACGAGCUAUAAUGUGAUCAUGGGCGAAUUAUGCAAGGAAGGAAAACUUGAAGAAGCAACUGAUCUAUUUGAGGACAUGCCGAGACGUGGGUGCACUCCGGAUGUCGUGUCCUAUCGGAUACUCUUCAGUGGUCUGUGCGAGAAGAUGCAGCUUAAGGAAGCAGCAUUUUUGUUGGAUGAAAUGGUAUUUAAAGGAUACACCCCUCAUGAUGCAAGUAUUUAUAAAUUGGUGGAUCUUUUAUGCCAGGAAGGGAAUCAUGAAUUGUUGCUAAAGGUUUUGAAUAGUCUUAGGAAAGGAAAGGCCGUGAAGGCUGAUUAUUGGCCAAGGAUGAUUUCGCUUGCUUGCAAGAACAAUGAGUUUUCCAGUGUCGAGCUUGUAGAUCGUCUAAUAACUUCAUAAUCUGGAAAUUUUGCAAUUAAUUCUUGUAUCUCAUGCAAAACCUCUUAA